AUGGCUGUAAUUGCCGUGGCAAAAACCAACAGUGGCUCUAAGUGGCCACACCACAAUGGUGCCGUUUGGUGUACGAUCUCGUUGCCACCUUCCAUUAAAAAAACACUUUCAUUAUUUGCUUCAACUGUCUUUGGCACGGGAGGAAAUACGCCGAGAACCCAAGACCCCAGGUUAAAUAUUGUUGACGACGGCGAUGGGAUUAUUGACACGAAUACUCCGGAAGAGCAACCAACAAGAAGGCAAUCACCAGUGAGAACUCCUAAACUAGGUAGAAUGCUACCAUAUUUUGACGAUGGCGAUCCAUCUAGUGAAAGCAUUGCACAUUGGGUAGACUCAGCUCUUGGCGAAGGUUCGACUAUCAUGGCUGGUCUUCGUAUCACUACUAAUGUACCAUCUGUAAAUCUUGACAACGUUCCUGGCAUGCAAUCAAUUAUUUGUAGCGAUGAUACUGUCAUUCUCACUCUAGCAUCACUAUAUUCAGCAAGAAGAUGGACUGUUGAGCCUACUGUUUUGAUUAUAGGCUCUCAUCAUAACUGUGGAAAACAGAACAAAGCCGAAUUUACCAUGCGUUUAACAAAAUCUUGGAUAAUCAACAAACGAACCAAAACGCUGAUAUUCGAAACUGUCGAUCCAGAAUCAAAUGGCGUGGUGGGAGAUUUUGAAAUCGUUGCUCAUCCCAGUGUUACAUUGGACGACCCCAAUACCAAACCAGUAUCCAAAAUAUAUACCAGAUCACUUGACAACGAUAUGAUAUCAAGUUCACCAUAUACCUCCAAUUCCACAAGUAUGCCCUACAACUUCUUUGAUCAAUCGAGUCCUAAGCCUGAACGCGACGAUUUGAUAUUCCGCAAGAAUAAACACGGACACAUGUUGAAUAAACGCGGUAUUCCAAUUGACCACACCAUGUCCAUUCCUCUUGGAAUCAAUCUAAUGAUCAACAAGUCAAUUACGAUACCAAUACCAAUGACGACUGGAUCUAUAGGCAUGGGAUGCAAGCCAUGUGGCAUUAAGGGAUCUUCUUCAGCUAAAUUCCGCGUAUGGGGUCAAUUGUUUCAGGCGCCCAAGUUUUCGGUCACCUGGGAAGGUCAUCUUAAAGCAUUCGCAGUGUUUAACUUUGAUCUUAAACUUGCAGCCAUCACCGAUCCUACUGAAGUCCCUAUUUUUGAGAUUCCAUUGACUCCUAUCUACAUGCCAGGAAUUUUCCAACUCGGCCCAUCGUUUGAAGUGAAUCUGCGUACUGAAAUUGCUUUUAUUGGUGAAAUGAGCGUCAGAACCAACAUGUCUGCUGAACUUCCCGGUUUCAAAGCAUUUUCGUCAACUGAAGAACAAAAACAAUUGACUGGAUUUACCCCUGUCUACCACAUUAACAGUGCAACCAGUGCUAAUUUGGAGGGACGCCUUCAGCUUGGUAUAAUUCCUGCAUUGGCAUUGAAAGCAAGUGUUUUUACCUAUGAUCUUAUACAAACCUCUAUUUCAGUGGACUUGGAGACAGAUAUAAAGCUUAGCGCUUUUGGAAUGGUGGCAACGGAUGAAUCAAAUAACACAAAAAAAGCAAGUGCAAAGGGAGGAAAGUUUUGUAUUGGUAUAGCAAUGGGUAUAAGACUCCUGGGCAAGGUACUCGGAUCAACUCGAGAGCUUUUGGUGGUUCCAAUGACCAUAUUGCUAGACAAGUGUUGGAAUAGCAUCAAAACAACAGAAAACCAAACAGGCGUGACGUCGGUUGUUCGUCAAAAGUAUAACCAGAUCAUGGGAAUCAAACCACCAGAAGCAAAACCAGCACCGACAAUAGAACCUGUUCCUACUGAACCAGCAGUACUUUGGCUUCCAGCACCAGUAACAGACAUUACUGCACCCCCAGUCGAAUAG